AUGGUCUACCCGCCGCCCGGACCACCGCCGCCGCCGUAUUACGGCCAUCCGCAUCCAUGGGGACCGCAUCACCACUACCCGCCACCACCGCACAUGUAUCCACCCCCACCACACGACGGCGGGUACCCUCCAGGACAAUAUCCACCACCACCACACGACGGAGGAUACCCUCCAGGACAAUAUCCACCACCACCACAGCCAUAUUAUGUUCCUGGGACUAUGAUGGUACCCUUUCCCGUACCACCAGCUCAAGACCCAGCCAACAAUCCAACGUACAUCACUAACUAUAUUUACCACGGUGAAAGCCAAGCUUCAAGCUCACUCCCAGCGAUAGUCGAUGAAGUACGAGUAGUGGAAGAUUCUGGAGAACAUGAAUGGAUACCAACGACAGCGACCAUGGCCAAUCAACUGACAGGGAGAGCAGUCGUGGGCGGCCACGAAGGUUGGGACGGAAGCCCUCUAUGGGUGAUCAGGGCAUGGCACGCUGGGGAUCUGAUCCCAGGGAAGCUAUCUAUCCGGCAUUGCGCCGCUACAGUCGUCCAUGAUGGGAAGGAAAUCCCGGUGCAGAAUAUCGAAGUGCUGUGCUCGAAGCCGGAAAGUUUAAGAUGGGUGCCUGCGUCUACUGGUAACGUUCCCCCUGGGGCGAUUCCGGGGGGUCGGACGUCUUCUGGAGAGACGUUAUACGUUGGCAGAGCGAGGUACCAGCUCUCCGUGACCCCUGGAAAGGUCCAUCCGAGCCAUAGUUCGUGUUAUAUAGGUUUUUCUGGUAAUGAGGUGGCGCAUAAAAUGUAUGACGUGUUGUGUAGAGCUAGUUGAUUGUGAUAUUUUGUUGAGGUUUGAGAUUAUGUUAUCGCUUAUC